CCGCCUUCAGAGUGUAAAUUUAGGCGCUUCAACCCUUAGGGGGCCCUGCUGGUACCUGCCGUUUGGUGCCAGUUCCCUAGCAAGGGAAGCUUAAAACUACUGGCCCUGGACUCAAGAAGAAUGGCUCGAGUAACCCUAACUUCGCCAAGGGAUGAUAUGGUGAACUGAAAAUAACCGCCCAAAACGGCAGUCGUAGAACUCACGCCACCAACCAUGAUCCAGGGUAGGUGGGAGGGAAAAGACUUGCAGCUGUCCCAGAGGAAGAAGAGGCCCCAAGCCUGGUGCAGAGCCUUCUUAACGGUAGUAGUGACACUCCCCCAAACAGCAACAUUGUUGCAGACCCAGCAACUUCCCUCCUUAACCCUUUAAGGACACAGCUUUCAGUUUGCUUAAUUGUUUUAUGACGGAAAAAUUCCGUCAUAUGUCCUUAAGAGGUUAAAUUCCCUCUCCCUGCAGGCCUUAACCCUCUCUCUCCUAGCCUAUUUGUCUCCCCGUAAUCAUUACACAACACACACCACUGCUCUGUAAACACACACAUUGCUCUGUAAACACACACACUGCUCUGUAAACACACACACUGCUCUGUGUUUAACAAACACUGGCCUGCAUACAUCACACACAAACACACUGUGCCCUGUAUAUAACACACACACUGAUCUGUAUAUAACACACACUGAUCUGUAUAUAACACACACACUCCUCUGUGUAUAACACACACUGUCCUGUAUACAACACUCACAAACACACUGUGCCCUGUAUAUAACACACACACUGAUCUGUAUAUAACACACACUGAUCUGUAUAUAACACACACACUCCUCUGUGUAUAACACACACUGUCCUGUAUACAACACUCACAAACACACUGUGCCCUGUAUAUAACACACACACUGAUCUGUAUAUAACACACACAGCACACUGCCCUGUAUAUAACACACACACUGAUCUGUAUAUAGCACACACACACACACUCCUCUGUGUAUAACACACACUGAUCUGUAUAUAACACACACACACACUCCUCUGUGUAUAACACACACUGUCCUGUAUACAACACUCACAAACACACUGUGCCCUGUAUAUAACACACACACUGAUCUGUAUAUAACACACACAGCACACUGCCCUGUAUAUAACACACACACUGAUCUGUAUAUAACACACACAGCACACUGCCCUGUAUAUAACACACACACUGAUCUGUAUAUAACACACACACACACUCCUCUGUGUAUAACACACACUGUCCUGUAUACAACACUCACAAACACACUGUGCCAUGUGUAUAACACACACAGCACACUGCCCUUAAUAUAAUACACAAACUGAUCUGUAUAUAACACAUACUCCUCUGUGGUAAUCUUAAACAGUAACUAUAACUAUAUACAUCAUUUUCAAUGUUUAACAUAAACCUUAUAACUUCUAACAUAGAAAUAAACACAGAACAACUUCUUGUGGUUAUAAAACCCGCAGGUCAUGUUUAUUGCGGCAACAAAAGAAACUCACUGAAACAGCACAAAUAACAUGUACCCAGGGGGCGGCAAUCAGGUACUAGGUGACUUAUAGUAACUCUUGCUAGCAAGCUGGACCUUACCAGGGAUGCGGGAGAUAAGCAGAGCGGAGCUCAGCGCUAUGAUGACUUAGGGAGUUCUCGGCUUUCUGGCCCAUGAACAGUGGACCCCCAGACGCAUAACUGAGGACUUCACCCCUGCCCGAAAAUAGCCGUCACUCUACCUCCUCUCACCCUGCACCACUGACCUGCCCCAACUGCCAGCGAUAGGGUGUUAACCCACCACUCCAUACCAGUAGGACCAGGGUCAACUACAUGCAAACCACAUUGAACACCUGGGGAGCUGAAACGUACCAUCCUUGGACUUGUAGAAAUAGGUUGGCUAGCCCUCAUCAUGCCUCGAACUCCCUAAUACUGAAAAGACCACCCUAGUGAUGGUUCAAACUAACGAUUGCCGCUUACAAAAUUCAAAGGGAGGGAUAGGGUGGAGAAACUUCAAAGAACAAGCAGAAAGAGGACUUGGACUUCCUGUACCUGUCUUAAAAAGUUGCCAUUAUUAAAAUUGGAUACAGUCGGGGGGGCGGAGCCUGCAGCUGUUGCGGAAGGUCGUGUAUGUGAAGAGCUCCUGAUUCUUACUAGACUUUAACUAUACAUUUCUACAUAAAUAGCAUAAUCUUUGUGUCUGACAUGGUGGUUAAUCUGUCCUGAGGUCACCCUGGUGGAGUCAGAGAGACGAUAUUGCAUAGAUUAAUCUUCCUAUGCUCCUCAGCUAGAUUGCAUGGCUGGUGGGCCUACUGUGUGAUUCAGUUACUCUAUGUUAUCGGGGCUGCCGCAUAUGAUACCCCCCCGGGAUCUUCCUGAUUCUGGGUUACAAGCAACUCGAAACUGUUGCUCACAUUCUAUUUAAAGAAGAAAAGCAAAGGGUGAAACCAUUUCAACAUUUGAUACUGGAAACCUGACCUGAUCUACCCUAAGACAUGGCGGAGACAGAAGCUAUUAUAAUGGCAAUCAGCAAGCUCCUUCAGUUCCACCAGAUGGCCUUUAAAGAAACACUACGUGAAGCCUGUGACUCAAUCCGAGAGGUAACAUAUAGGGGGCAUAGCAGAGGGGCAUUUGAUAGGAAGCUGCACACGAGGGAUGUCUUAUUGAAGCCCCGGCAUUUACCAUCUAUUGCCCCUCGCCACUAUAAUGGGACAGCAGAUUCCUGCGCAGACUUUCAAACUGUGGGCGCAUCUAAGACUUCUUAUGAACAUUUAGAGCAGUCCGGUGGUUGUAUACCAGAUCCGGAGGCCCGGAUUAAAGAGGUGGAACACGACUCUAAAAUUCCUUACCUUACUGAAUCCACGCUGCAUGUUGUGGCAAGCGGGGUGGAGAGGCUGCCACGGGUCCUACCACGGGUCCUGCAGCUAGUUCCCAAAUUGAAUAUGACCGGAGCUGGAGACAUCAGCACUGCGGCUCUGCAUCUACACAGUCUAACAGACUAUAGGAGCUCCGCUCUCAGAAAGCCUCAUCAAGAAGACUCUAUGACUUCGGGGACCCGGAGGGGUGAGGAAGAGCCCUCUGCUGCUUACACUGGGGCCAAAUUUUCUCAGGCAGCGGAGGUGGAAAUGCUGCCUAGCAGAUCGGAGGAGAUUGCCUCUCCAGGGGACACGCAAGUAGUAACGGAACUUUUCCCGAAAAAACAGCAAUGCCCCCUGCCUGGAAGAAUCACGCUGACAGCACCAGGUACAUUACUCUCUUUGGCCCCUGAGUUUGCUCUAUGCCGGAGGCACAAUAAUUGAGGAAUUGCCCUUACUUCCCCUCAUAUUUUUAUGGCAUUCCCCUACUUUGAAGGUGGUGAAACUGGGUGGCGGAACAUCAGCCGGUAAAUCUGGCAUAGGCUAAAAUGUCACAAUACUUGUAAUACAGAGCCGCUGAUGUUGAUACUGAUGAACAGCGACACCAUUAAUUCAGACUUUUUGUUAUAUUACUAUGGACGGUUAGAGUGGUGGCUGUUGUCCAUAUGCUUUCUUUUGGACACUAGUUAUUACUGUUUAAGAUUAUUGCUGUUUUAUUAACAUUUAUGUAUGCUUAGGUAUUUAUUACACCGUGUUUCACGACCGAGGUGUUGUUAAUAUUAUACACAUUACAUUUACAUAUAUUUGUACAUGCCAAGAGGCGCUGAGCAGACAACAUGUGGCCAUAUUUUUCCAUUUAUUUUAUCCCCAUAUCCCCAUAAUAUAAUGCCCCAGGUGUACUCAUAUUUCCAGCAUGGAUUGUAAAUUUAACUUAUCAGAGAGUUCAUGACCACCCUCUAGUGGGAAAAUUUAGAUUCCCCAUAUAAUAUACCCUAGUUUUAAGGAGAGUAGUGAAGCUUUGCCUCUUGUAAAAUCUUGACCCCCUGCCCUGCACAAUUUACUACGCUGGCUCACAUCUCAUGUUAGGUCUACAGCAUAUUAUAUCCCUAAUUUAUAAUAGCCUAAAUCACUAUGACAUCUUCCCUCUAAUAACUCAAUAUACUAACUGGGGAACUUGGAAUUUUCCAUUCAGCGGGAGUUUUUUUCACCGCAGACCUAUAGCCAAUAUUACAGUAUCUACUUCAUCUCUCUACUAGAUGAUUAGGAAUCCUACAGGUGUUAAUUUUUAAUAAGAUAUGCCAUACUGGGCUCAUAUUAUCUGCUCUCCUAAAACUACAUAGUUAUGCGGACAGUGGCUUGAUUAAGGGCAUGUGUGUUUUAUUGAGUCCAGAUUAUAUUUGUAGCAAAGCCUAGGAUAUUUCCAAUUCAGACUUUUGUAGGGCACGCACUAAGUACUAAGUCUAUAUAGUUAUUUACAACUUUCCUCACUUAGACUCAGAAAAUAGCAUUUGUUCCCUGUGCUGGUUUGGUUUCACUAUUUAACAUAUAUGUUCCUGUUUCACAGUUAUUGUUAUCUCAAGAUUCAUUAAUGUCAAUGGUUUAUCUUGGUAUCUUUAUUUCAAGGUCCAAAAGAGACCGUGCGUUACAUUAGAGCACCUCAAACAAGCCAUCUAGCUUUCAUGGGUCCACGAGUGGCCUGUUGAGUAUUUUAGAGGUGUUUUCAUUUAUUGACUAUAAAAUAUAAAACUGAGGUUUCAGAGGCUCAUACAAUAUUAUCUACUUGAAAUUCUAUAUAUUUUGUCAUUUCCUUAUUGUUGUAUUAUGUUCUAUGAGAAAUAUGGUAUUUAUUUUUUUUCUGUAUCGCUAUGCAAAACCUCAAUAAAAAAAAUAAAUAAAAAAA